AUGUUGAAUCAGUCGUCGUCUUCUUCCACUAAAAAUUACAUUGAUGUUUGUGGCGAGAUUAACGAAUGUAGUAGCACUGCAGCUUCUCAGCAGCGUCUUCUUAGCGGUGGUACUGGUUCUAGACAGUUGAAGCAGGAGGAACCAAUCGCUGCUGCUACCAGUGCUUGUGCAAUCAUCACAAAUGAAACACCUAAUAUGAGCACUCAUGAUGAGGCUGGUUGCAUGGCGAGUCUAUUUCAGACUCCCCCUUGGGCAUCAGUGGCUAUUCUUCCGCCACAUAAUUUAGCCCAGCAACAGGGAGGCGUUACGAGAGAAGUUGUUGGAGGUACAAAUCAUCCAUUGGCUAUGCGUUAUUCGAGUUUUGAUGGAACCGCUGCUGCUGCUGCUGCUGCUGCUAAAGAUCCUAUGAAUCCAAUGAAUGCACCUCUUUAUCAAUUUCAAGAUUUGGAUAUGAUAGCAAGUAUAGUGGCAAAGGAACAGGCACUAUUGAAGAUGAACACAGCAGCAGCAUCGAGCACUGCAGAACAUGGUCGUCUGGCAGGUUUUGCUAUACCAAAUCGCGCACAUACCCAGGUUAUAGUUAACGGAGCACGAGAGAAUAUGUCAUCACCAAGUGAAAUGUCACCAACUUCAUGCUCUCCGUCAUCAUCCGACACAUUGCAGAGCACCCAAGGAGGGACCAGUACUGCGAUUCGCGCACAUAACGAACAUCCCGGCCCGGAAGACACUGCACCCAAAAGUGGAAAUGAAUCACCUGUGGAUGUGACGAGUCUCAUGAAAGGCUCGUUUAGUCUUGCUUAUCAGCAGCAUAGCCUAGGACCAAGUAAUAGUUCUCAACAACAGCAAGCAAGCAGUUCACGAGAAAGCAAUGUUCAAAGCGGCAAUACGGCGCUGCGUUCUAGGCAUCGCUCGAGCCACCAUGAUGGGCUUAUCAAAUGCCAUUAUUGUCCUAAGAAGUGGGCCGAUCAAGCCGUGGUUUGUUUUUCGACAAAAGUGGACUAUGUUUAG